AUGUUUCCUCAAACGUUUAACCAUGCAGCUCUUGGAAUUUCAUUGACUAUAGUGGUUAUAGUCAUCUACAACAGGUUCUCUGUGAUUGCAUCAUGGAUUAUAGAUAAACUUCUUAGCACUUUCAACGGAGGCGUUUUGACCCAAGGAGUUCCAAUCCGAGGGCCGAAAUGGCAGUGGCCCAACGGGCAGUUCACAGAAAAGUUCAUGAAUGGGAGAGCGAAAUCAGAGGAAUGGCUCCAGUACGGCCCUGUGUACCGCUUGUGGGCAGGCCCAAAACCUGAGAUAGUCCUGACGACUCCGGAAGAUAUCCGAACCUUUCACACAGACUCCGACAAGCAUGGAAAGCCACUAGAUGGAAACUUUGGGUGGUACUUCGGCCAACUCCUUGGCCGCUGUGUCGGUCUUCUCGAGUAUGAUGAGUGGAAGAAGAUGAGACGAGUCGUUGAUCCAGCAUUCAAGCACUCGUCCGUCGUGAACCGUGUCGACCUAACUAAUGCUAGAGCUCAGAAUUUCGUGGAGAGCUUGAGUACGUUCGCUAACAAAAGCGAGAAUCUGUCAGAUAAGGAUAAGUUCACUGUACAUGCUGCUUCGGCAUUCAUGAAAUUUCCCUUCUACUUCACUGCCGAGGCCGUAUACGGUGAUAUGAGUGAUGAGGAGAAGAACGAGCUUUGGGUGCUAGCGGAGAAGCGCCUAGCAUUGCUACCGUGGUUUUUCAAAGGGAGUAUCUACCGCACAGCUUAUUUGAAGUUUUGGAAUCGCCCUGCCUACAACCAGCUCAUGGAAUUCGUGAAGCACUGGGCAGACUUCAAUACUCGUAUUGCGAACACUCGACGAAAGCAAGAUAUUGCUGUUCCCAUUAUCUCUUACUUUGACGAAUAUGAACAGGGAAAUAUCACCCAUACCAUCGAUGAGAUGCUCUUUGCGAAUCUUGACGUGACGACACAUGUCUUGACCUGGGCAAUUACAUUGAUCGCCGACCACGAUGGCGAGAAGGAAAAACUGAGAGCGGAAAUCACAGCCAACAAGGACAACUUGGAGCAGUACAUCACCAAGACGGACACCCAUCUCCAUCGAUGUUAUUAUGAGUCGCUUCGCCUGCGGCCACUAACGUUAUUCAGCAUUGGCGAAAGUGCAGAUACGGUAAAGAACUUCCGCGGUAUCCUUGUCAAACCCAAGUUACGAUACAAUCUUUACGUGUUUGGUUUUGGCCACCGAAAAUGUCUAGGACAGUAUCUCGCAGGACACAUGGUCAAGGCCAUUAUAGUACACCUCUUCUCUCAGCAUGAGGUUCGCAUAAAGAAUGGAAGAAUUGGGGAGGAUGACUACCAAAUUGACAAGCACACAUGGGUUCCAGUGGCUGAUGUCAACGUUGAGCUGAGCAAGCUCCAGUAA